AUGGUGGGGAAGAUGGAAAGCCAGGACGAGGGCAAGCCAGGACGAGGGCAAGCCAGGACGAGGGCAAGCCAGGACGAGGGCAAGCCAGGACGAGGGCAGGCCAGGACGAGGGCAAGCCAGGACGAGGGCAGGCCAGGACGAGGGAAAGCCAGGACGAACCCCACAAUGGCCAAUCAGGCCCACCAGCUGCUGUAUCUGGCCAAGAACGGACCCACCGUUAUCCGCCCCUCAAUCUCCGACAUGCAGAGUUCCCAGCUCCAACGUUCAAACCCAACGACUUCAAUUGAAUCAAUCAUUUCCCCCGAUCUUUACCCAGUCGCUGCUCCAAUAAAAAAAAUUUCAACCCGAUUACUUUCUGGCGAAGAGCGUCAGAAGGCGCUGGUCGGUAUAUAG